UAUUCCUGCGAAAAAUUGUGGCGUUCGUGAUCACGUUGGGGUCGGUGUGAGUAGUGAAAAUGUGAGCAAGCAGAGGUCGGAAAUGUUCCUUAGGGGUGGAUGAGAGGAGAGGAAGGAAAAAAAAAAGGGGGAGGCACCUGUGUGUUUUCGAGAGAGAGAGAGAGAGAGAGAGAGAGAGAGAGAGAGAGAGAGAGCAGGUCAGCCUUCCGCGGUGUCAAGUUUACGUUAAUCACGGUUACAGUUUCAGACAUAUUUGUCAAAGCGGAGGAGUCGUCAUCAUCCUCAUCAGAUCAGCUCCAGCCGCUUCCUCGAGACACAUUAUGACUACGUGUUGUUGUCACGGACUUCACGUGUGAGGUGAGCUGUGCCCCCCCCCCCCCUUCCUUGUCUGUCUGCGCACCUGCAUGUACCGUGGGCAGCCGCGGCCUUUCAGAGAGGUGCUGUGCCCAGAGACUUUGCUGCACUAGGAGUAACCCAUGGCUUCUGGCCCUCCAUCACCCUCAGUAGGCCACAGGCUCAGGCUGCUGGAGUUGCUACUUGGGCUUCCUCUAUUUAUCUUGCUGGUUUCUGGGCUGGGACCAGUACUGGGUCAGAAGGUGUACACCAACACAUGGGCUGUCCACAUACCUGGAGGUUUGGAGGAAGCUGAUCAGAUUGCCAGCAAACACGGAUUCAUCAACUACGGACAUGUAUUCGGUGAUUAUUAUCACUUCCGGCAUCGUACAGUGGUGAAGAGGUCACUGUCAGAUCAUAGAGGGACACAAGUCCGUCUACAGAAAGAUCCUAAGUACAACAGCAACCACCGUGACUUGAAUGCCAAAGCUGCGUGGCAGUUGGGCUACACAGGUAAAGGGGUGGUGGUGUCCAUCCUGGACGAUGGAAUAGAGAAGAACCAUCCUGACCUGAUGCAGAACUACGACCCGGAUGCCAGCUACGAUGUGAAUGAUGGCGACCCUGAUCCUCAGCCUCGAUACACGCAGCUUAAUGACAACAGGCAUGGAACACGAUGUGCAGGAGAGGUGGCAGCAGUAGCCAACAAUGGGAUCUGUGGAGUCGGUGUGGCCUACAAUGCCAAGAUUGGAGGUGUGCGUAUGCUGGACGGUGAGGUGACUGACAUGGUUGAGGCCCAAUCUCUCAGUCUAAAUCCCCAGCACAUCGACAUCUACAGUGCCAGCUGGGGCCCAGAAGAUGAUGGCAAAACUGUAGAUGGACCCGCCAAACUCGCCAAAGAAGCCUUUCUGCAUGGAGUUACAGAGGGUCGUGGUGGUUUGGGCUCCAUCUUUGUGUGGGCGUCUGGGAACGGCGGGAGGGAGAAGGACAGCUGUAACUGUGACGGCUACACCAACAGCAUCUACACCCUGUCCAUCAGCAGCUCCACCCAGAAUGGCAAUGUCCCCUGGUACAGUGAGGCUUGCUCCUCCACCCUCGCCACCACCUACAGCUCGGGCAACAUCAACGAGAAACAGAUAGUCACUACAGACCUCAAAUCAAAAUGCACAGACUCCCACACAGGCACCUCUGCCUCUGCCCCGCUGGCUGCUGGGAUCAUCGCUCUUGCCCUUGAGGCCAAUAAAAACCUGACCUGGAGGGACAUGCAACAUCUGGUUGUACGAACCUCUCACCCUGCCCACUUGCUCACCAAUGACUGGAGAACCAAUGGGGUUGGGCGCAAAGUUAGCCAUUCAUAUGGAUACGGUUUACUUGAUGCCAGUGCAAUUGUAGCACUGGCAGAGACGUGGACCAGUGUGAGGCCACAGCGGAAAUGUGUGAUCACCAUGGUCUUGGAGCCAAGGAAUAUCGGCAGCCAUCUACUGAUUAACAAGACUGUGGACGCCUGCUUUGGGACGGAUGCGUAUGUGACCUCAUUAGAGCACGUCCAGGCCCGGCUCACCCUGUCCUACAACCGGAGAGGAAACCUGGCUAUCCACCUCAUUAGUCCUGCCGGCACACGCUCCACUCUGCUCCACCCCAGGCCUCAUGACUACUCAUCAGAGGGUUUUAAUGACUGGGCUUUCAUGACCACCCACUCCUGGGAUGAGAACCCCACGGGGGAGUGGACGCUGGAGAUCGAGAACGUGGCUGGUGCCAGUGACUAUGGCACUCUGACCCAGUUCGUCCUGGUGCUGUACGGCACAGGCUCAGCAUCCUCCAGCUCCUCUGAGAAGUCUGAGCCUGGCAACGGCAGCUGUAAGACCUUGGACCUGAGGCAGAUAUGCAUUGAGUGCAACGCCGGCUACUACCUCUUUCAGCAGGGCUGUGUGAAAGAAUGUCCAGCAGGCUUCUCAGUGGGCACCCAGCCCCUCAACUACACAGUGGGAAACUUCAUAACACCAGCUUUUGUCCCUGCCUGCCUGCCCUGCCCUCCGCCCUGCCUGACCUGCAGCAGCCUCAGCCCUAAGGCCUGCCUGUCCUGCCUCCCUCACAGUUCCCUUGACCCCGUCUCUGGCACCUGCCUGCACCUCAACCAGUACAUGCGCGAGUCCCCUGGCAGCUUCAUGGUGGGCCAGGGGAACCCGGGAUCGCAGCCCCAGCUCAGCUCCCGGCUGCCCAUCACCAUCGCUGUGCUCAGCUGCAUGGCCAUCAUGGCCACCUUCGCUGGCAUCUUCCUGCUGCUGCAGCUGCGCUCGGGCGCACUCAUCAAGCUGCCCUCUUUGGAGGCUGGCAGGGGCCUCGGGGGAAAUAGGGUGGUGUCGUACCGCGGCAUACCGACAAUGUGGGGGGAUGAUGGGGUAAAUACAGACUCAGAAAACGAAGAGUUUGACGUCCAUAAUGAGAGGACUGCCUUUAUCAAAACACAAAGUGCUCUUUAAUGCCUCCCCCACAUCCCUCCUUCUUUUCUGCUUUUAAAGUCUUCUCAUCCCAUUUGUCUGAUAAUUCAGGGCUGUGGUAACUGACCUUCAGUCUUUUCUGAUUUUAUCUCUCAUCCCUUUUUUUUUUUCUGUAUCUGUCUUAUCGUGUUUUCAUCUGAGUCCUGCUUCAGGAUCCCGUGUUCCACUCUGCUUUGGGAGACAUGAUGGGAAGCUGCUGUCUCUCAGAGCUCGGGAUGGCCCGGGCUUUGCUCUGUUCACACUUGGGCGCAUUCCUAUUAAACUGGCUCUCUCCUUCCUCUUGCCCUCAAUCACUAACGGUGUCUGUCUGUGCAGUCCAUUUUCCCCUCCAGCUCCAACUCCUUUUUGUUACAGUAAACAAAUGAUUAUUUACUUUUUUUCUCUCUUUCGAUCAGUCUCGGUGCAGUAGCCUGACGAGAUUGUUGAAUGUGAGGAGUAUAGAUGUGUGUGUGUGUGUGUGUGUUUGUGCACACGUCCGAAUGCCUGUCGCUGUGUGAAUGUGAGUGUGUAAAUCUGAUGUGUAGUGCCCUUUACAAAGAGGCUAAAGCUGGCCCUGUCACAUUUAGUACUUUAACUAAAAAAAGUGCUAACAAAAAAUUGUAUCAUGGGGCAUGAAAUCGAAUUCGGAAACAUUGACUCUCUGAAGUGCCAUUUAGUGAUCUGUUCAGAAAAGCACCAUUUUUAAAUGGCAAUUUUAAAAUGCACAUAUGAAAAGCAUAAAAGUUGUCAAGGGGAAGUCCAGACUUGAACAGUUUGUGAUCGAGUGUCACCAGUCAGAGAAACAAAACAGACUGUCUGAGAGCUUUCUGAGUAUGUCAUGUCUGUCAUUAAUUUUUGACGAUGAGACAAUGUUUAUAUAUUUAAUUUGAACAAAAUCGAUCUCAGUAUUUUUUUUCAUCUGUGUAAUAAUUGAUCUGUGUGAUGGGGCCUUUAGAUCUCCUAUUGUACACACAAUCCGGAAAGAUCUCUCUGUGCUGGCAGAACAAACUGAGUCACACAACUAUCAAUACUUCUUCCAGCCUUUUGGGAUUCAAGAUGGAGCCAUAACUUCUCCUGUGCUCAUAACCUCCCGACCGUCACAAGGAACGGUGUCAAAAAAUAAGAUGCAUUUAAAGAGGGAAAAAAACACACACACACAGGCUACUCGAUCAACCCGGAGGCACAAUCCCUUCCAGGGAUAUUUAAUUUCUGUGUCUGAUGUGCUCACAUCCUGGGGCUGAGAGAGAAGCAGCCGAGGUGCUGAUGGGACCCAGAACAAUAUGUGACUGUUGAGCACAAGAGCUUCUCAAAGCAGCUGGCAGGUUUUGAGUUACCUGUGAUUGAUUUCUCGACAGAUGCAGUAACAACACAUCGAUGCUUUCACUUUUGUCUGAGCACAUUAGCACUACAGACACAUGCCUCAAAUCUUAAUGACUGAAACUUUAUGUGUGUGUGCAUGGCUGAGUGUGUGAGUGUGUGAGUGUGUGAGUGUGUUACUUAGUUUACUGCACAUGAGGUGGAGAAAUGUUUACCUGCCCUCUGAAGUGAAGGUUUCCUUUCCUGCUCCUCUGUCUCACGGUCUCCGCUUUCUUCUUCCAAUCUUGAAUAUUGUUUAGAAAUCCUGCGUUGAGACUCCACAUCUCAUCAGUGUCUCUGCACUUUCCCUCCAGUCUUCAUCUGAUCUGAAUUUCAGAUUAUCUCUUUCAGUGUACUUGCCAAUUAAUUAUAUUCUGAAUGAAAUUGCAGCAACUAUUUAUUCUGAGAGAUUUUAAUCAUACCUUUAGGGAAGAUUGUUUUAAAGUGAUUUUUCUCCUGGGCUGGUUAUCAUCUAAAAUAUGCAUCUCCAUGUUUUAAUCCAGAGUAGCCAUUUUGAAUCCAUUGAUCUUUUUUUUUUUUUUUUUUUACUAUGUUUAAUUUUUUUUUUUCACUUCCAGUACAAAAACAGUGGAGCUUGCUAAGAGAGGUUGUCAUGGUGAUGACUUGCAUACAAAACUGCAGCAGCUCAUCCUUUUUUAUCUACCUCUCAUAUCAUUCAGCAAGAGUUAAUCCACCUUUUUAGAGGAGCUGUUAAAUGAUUAUAGAGGUCAAAUUAUAUGUAGGUCAGAUAUAUAAACGCCUCUCGGGGGAAAGAUUUAGGGGGAUAGGCAUGUCAGUCAAAAUUAUGUUCAGAAACUGUAAAGCUGCUGUGUAAAUUCUAGUCUCUGAAACCUCCUAUUUCUCCUAAAAUGUAUUGCCUUUAGGAUCAGCAUUCAUGGGCAGUCACACCCGGGCUUUAAAACCUGUUAUUGAAAAUACAAUGCAGGAGGAUUGUCCACAGAUCUUGUUGGGCAGCGUUUAAGUGCUAAAUCAACUUAAAAUUGUUAGGGGCGUUUGUUUUCCUCACCUCUCAUACUCUACCAGUGGCAACUCCAUCAGGGGUGACCACCUUUUUUGUUUUGUUCUUAUGUCACGGACAAUCAAUCAGUUUCCUUGUUUUGAGGGCAGAACAGAUUUUAAUUUAACCACUUGUGUUGAAAGGCCUUCUCAGAAGGCAUUGUUCAUAAAUAUGCAGAGCUGAAUGUGAUUCAAAUUGUGGAAGCGUGUUCAGAGAGAAAGGGGGGGAAAAAAAAAAAAAAAUAGCAGAGAAUAAAAAAAACCAAUAUCUGCCAACAUCCUGUUCAAAAGUGUGGAGAGCAAUUGAUAUGUAUGCGCUCAAACACAGCACUGAACCAUGAGGCUUAAUUCAUCUCAGAUGGCCAGUGCAGGUGUAGCACAUUUGGCUUAUCACUGCAGUUUCUGCCAGGAAGCACUAAACUGGAUUGGAAACCAACCUGAGAAUGUGUAUUAAGAGAAAGUGCUCUCAAAAGGAACAAAGCAGAUUGUGUGCUGCAUCGCUUUGUGUGUACAUUAGCGCCUUCUGUCAUUUAGGUUUUGAUUAGUCCCAGUUUAAGGAGGAUGCAAAUUUAGAAAUGUAAUAACUACAGCCUCAGACUUGAGCCACAAAAUCUUACUGUGUUCCCAGUUUGGUGUGAAAUGUGUAAACAACAGAUAAUGCGCUAAUGCGGCACCAAAAUUGUUUCCAUAAUGUAUUUUCUUAAUCUUUCUGGAUGCUCAAAGUUAGCUUUUUUUUUUAGAAGAACUAUAAUGUGGGACUGACCAAUUUGUUGCAAUUAGUAUCGACUAGUUGAUGCUCAGUCUUGUCAACAGUAUCCAUUGUGCAUCAUCCCUUACAAAAGACCUAUAUUGCUUCCACAAACUAUAAAGUUGCUCCUGGAGUGUAACACAGUGGGGUGUUUAGAUAAGUUUCUGUGGCCCCUUGAGUGCACGUGCAAAAUGAUUUAUUCAUCUUAGCCUGAUGUUGCAUUCACUACGGCUUGAAAACUCAGAGCUUUGUGCAUUCAAGUGUUCAACUUUUAAGAAAAUCAUGAAUGCGGGCAGCAUUAAGUAGCUAGUGUUUCCAAAGCACAGGGAGCUGCUGAAAACCAUUGGCAGCCUGCUCACUCUUUCACUGCAAGAAUGCGAUGGAAAUUACACACUAAAAAAAAACGAGGUUCUCUAAUUGUGCCAGAAAGCAGCUCGUAAUUUUAAGGCUACCACUUCACUGGCACUAAAGUGUGAAGCCUCUUCAUGUAGAAAGUAACAGGAAUGUUACAAAAAUUCUGCUCAUUGCAAACAAGUCUCCUCUCCUUAUAAAGAAAAGACUCGCUCUUGGGAAUGAUGGAGGCUUUUUCUUUAUACAGCUCAUGUAUUUAACGCAUAGCUCGAUGUGACUUCAGUCCUGCCUUAGGAUGUAGUCUGAAGUGAUCAAUAUGAAGUCGGAUGGAGUUAAUAGGAGCAAUAUCUUUGGCGUAACCAAAGACAAUCAUUUCAAUGCUGUCUGAGUGUUGCGACGUGUUGCUUUCAGGUUGUCACAGUCCAUUGAACCCUUCACUCGUGUUCAAAGUCUUUUGUUGGCGUCAUCCUGUCCUCUGUGACACCCUGUAUGUUCAGCAGCUGUGGAGGGAGGAGGUAGAAUGUAUCCCAUCUCCAUUAACUUAAGGGCUGAAUCAGAUCUGCGUGCGUUCAUGUGCUCACAUGCUCUUUAAAGUAUAAAUGAAACACUUGGUGUUUCAUUUAUACCAGAUGGUGGGGUGGUGGUUAGUGGAGCAGCCUCAGAUGACUCUGUUGACCUCUUCUGGUUCCUGGCCUGUGGCUGCACACCGUACCUUACAGAUUUGUGACCUAUGAAUAAUGUACAAGAAUGACUCUCUUACAUGGGAUGUAACUCUAAAAUAAGGCCUAUUUUUGUACUAUAUGAACGGUGCAGUGUAAUUUUCUUGUAAUUUAAAGAUUUUUUUGCUCUUGUUUUUCUCCUUUUUAUUUAAUUGAUGUCAAUUAUAGAUUCUACUAAAAAUAAAGAUCUAUGCAAAUUUGAA